GUUUUGAGAAAAAAAGAAAGAAAAAACAAAGUCUUCGUCGUCCACUCUCAAGCUCAACAAAGUUCUUGGGUCCUCCUCUCUAUUAUUACCACUUCUUCACCAAUCCUUUUCGAAGAGUUUUGUAUUCACGACAUGAGAAAGAUCCCAACACUACUGAUCGUUUUAGUAUAGGUUGGUGAUUGUGUAUCUUCAUUAGUAGAAGGUUAAAGAUGGAAGGAAAGAGAUUGGAUCUUAGAUUUCAUCACUCUACAUCAUCACAAUCUGUGGAAUCUGCUGCAUUGGAUUUGGAUAAAAAUGUUUACAAUCAUAUUAAAUUGGCGUCUUCAUCGCCGCUUCAACCGUUUCCAUCAGGCGCUCAGCAUCCUGAAACUAGUGCUGCUGCUGCUUACUUCUCUUGGCCUACUUCAAGUAGAUUGAAUGAUUCAGCGGAAGACAGAGCAAACUAUUUUGCAAAUCUUCAAAAAGGUGUUUUGCCUGAAAGUUUUGAUGGUUUACCUACUGGGAAGAAAGCUACUACAUUGCUUGAGUUGAUGAUGAUUAGAGCUUUUCAUAGUAAGAAUUUAAGGAGGUUUAGUCUCGGUACGGCUAUUGGAUUUCGGAUUCGACGAGGUGUUUUGACAAAUAUAGCGGCUAUUCUUGUUUUUGUUGCUCGGAAAGUUCACAAGCAAUGGCUUAAUCCUCUUCAGUGUUUACCUACAGCCUUGGAGGGUCCUGGAGGAGUUUGGUGUGAUGUAGAUGUUGUUGAGUUUCAAUAUUAUGGUGCACCUGCGCAAACACCUAAAGAGCAGGUGUAUACAGAGCUUGUUGAUGAUCUGAGAGGCAGUGGUUCGUCCAUAGGAUCUGGUUCACAGGUGGCUAGCCAAGAGACAUAUGGAACCUUAGGUGCAAUUGUAAAGAGUAAAACUGGUAUCAGACAGGUUGGUUUCCUAACAAACCGGCAUGUUGCAGUUGAUUUAGACUACCCAAGCCAGAAGAUGUUUCAUCCAUUGCCACCUAGCCUCGGACCCGGAGUCUACUUAGGUGCAGUGGAAAGAGCAACUUCAUUCAUUACCGAUGACCUUUGGUAUGGCAUUUUCGCUGGAACUAACCCAGAAACAUUUGUUCGAGCUGAUGGAGCCUUCAUUCCAUUUGCCGAGGACUUCAAUACGAACAAUGUAACCACAACUGUCAAAGGGAUUGGUGAGAUUGGUGAUAUCCAUGCUACUGAUCUACAGUCUCCAGUUAACAGUCUAAUAGGAAGAAAAGUUGUCAAAGUUGGAAGAAGCUCGGGUUUGACCACUGGGACCAUAAUGGCUUACGCGUUGGAAUACAAUGACGAGAAAGGAAUUUGUUUCCUAACCGAUUUUCUUGUUGUUGGUGAAAACCAGCAGACUUUUGAUCUUGAGGGUGAUAGUGGAAGCCUUAUUCUGUUGGCUGCGGGCGAUGAGAAGAACGAGAAACCGCGACCUGUUGGAAUCAUAUGGGGAGGAACAGCAAACAGGGGACGGUUGAAGCUAAAAGUGGGGGAACAACCUGAGAAUUGGACAAGUGGAGUUGAUCUUGGCAGAGUUCUUAAUCUUCUUGAGCUUGAUCUCAUUACUUCCAAUGAGGGUCUUCAAGCUGCGGUGCUGGAACAGAGAAACGGUAUUAUGUGUGCUGCGGUUGAUUCCACCGUCGUGGAAUCAUCUCCUGGUGUGUGCAAUAUUUCCAGGUGUAAAACGGGUGAGAACUUUGAGCCUAUUAACUUGAAUGUCCAGCAAGUUCUUAUAGAAGACGACAACUCAAACAUUCACCCAGAGUUCCAAAUAGAAGACGUGUUAGAAUCAGUGGCUGUGAUCGAAGAACACCAGUUCAUUCCAAGUUCAAGCAACAACGGAUCCGCACUUCAUCAGAAACCUAAUGGACCAGAGAAUCUCGAAUCCAAGAACCUGUCUUCGCUUAAGACUAGUAGCUCAGGUGAUGAGAUAGGCUUUUCUUUGCAGUUAGGUGAGUCAGAUACAAAGAAAAGAAAGCGAACUGAUUCACCAGAUGGUUCUCAAGAAGAUGAAGAGUGAGGGUUAUGCUCAUGAGACUUCAUAACAUACCAGAGGAGUCAAUAGUAACAUCACUAUUAUUUUUCCACUGCAUUUUUUCUCCAGAGGAAAGAUAUUCAGAAUAGCAUAUUUGUAAUGGCUAAUGCCAAGGGAUAGUCAAACGUUAUGAGCAUAUAUGUGUUGGUGAUUUUAUGAACACCUAUAAUUUUGUUGUACCUUAAGAACAUCUGGGAGCAUAAGCAAUUGCAAUGAAACCUCCCAGAAGGAAUUGUUAUAAGUGUAAGUAGAUACAGCCCUAUGGAUUAAUUGGAUUACAAAAACGCUCACAAGACGAAGAAUGCCUAGUCGCUAGUCCGUAGAUACAGUUGGCCAGCCUUGGUCAGCUUGAAACUUUACAAAUUCAGCGAGAAGCUUGAUUUCUUCGUCCUGCAACCGCGGUCCAAAGGUACAUUGUCCUCUCGGUGUGCAUUUCUCACCAAAUCCCUGAAGUAAAUCAUCAGACAUACUUCAGAUCAUCUAGCUAAGUGGAAGACAAUUCUCAGUUUUAUACAAGGAAUUUCUUCAAGGAGAUCUCACCGGCAUUCUUCCCUUUCCAAAAAUAUUAUAGAUGCACACAGCACACAGUUCUUUGAGUGUCCAGCAUAAGUUAUAUUACCUUUCGAGGUCUUUUGUGAAAAGCGUUGCACCCUGGAAAAGUGGAAAGAUAUGAGCUAAUUGACUCGAAGGUAAUGAAAGAUGACAUGAGAAGAGAAUCAAGAAUGGUUUUUAGCUCACAGGUUGAAUAAUGUUUCCACCUGUAUCAUGACACCCGAUACAAGCUCUAUUAAACAAUGUAGCUCCUCUCUGUAUAUCCAAAGUCUGCCCAAGAGAUUCUAC